AUGAGCGGGGUGCUGUCAGGGGUAACCACAUCUGUCAACCGUUCUUGGCCAAUAAAGAGCGGAGCGAGGCGGACCACAGGUGCGCGCCUCUGCGUCCCCUUGGCACAGCGCCCGGGAGAUGCUGGAGAGAGACGCCUAGCUGCCCCGUGGCGCAAAAGAGUUACUGUCAAAGGCAGCCUCCUUUUAACUCCGGCUAUCACUCUGGCUCCGAUAGUUAUGGCGACCGCAACAUCCAACCACUAUAGCGUCCUCACCACCCCCAGCAGCGCGCCGCCGCCGCACUCGGAGUCCGGGAGCAUGCAGCAGGCGGCAGCGUACAGGGACGCGCACACCCUGCUCCAGAACGACUAUAGCACGUUACCGGGCGGUGGACAUCCGCUCAGCCACGCGCACCAGUGGAUAACGGCGCUGUCUCACGGUGACAGCGGGGCGCCCUGGCCAUCUAGUCCCCUCGGAGAACAGGACGUGAAGCCCGUGCUGCACGACAGUGACCGAGAGGAGCUGCAGAACUCCAGCAGUCUGCAGCAACAGCAACAGCAGCAGCAGCAGCAGCAACAGCGACACCCUCACCUAGCGCACCAGCAGGCGCAUCACGACGCCAGAGCAUGGCGAACCAGCACAGCCACCACGCACAUCCCCGGUAUGGCGACAUCUGAGGGCCAGAGCCUGGUGUAUUCCCAGUCCGGCUUCGGUCUGAUGCCGGGGGGAGAGCAAGGGGGGAUGCACCACCACCCCCUGCGGGACGAGGACCACCACAGCCACAGCCCGCACCUCAGUGAGCACGGAGGCGGCCCUGGGGCCCACCAGCAGUCUCUCUCACACCAUCACCAGCACGGGGGCCAUCCGGACCACUCGGACGAGGACACACCGACCUCCGACGAGUUGGAGCAGUUUGCUAAGCAGUUCAAGCAGCGACGCAUCAAGCUGGGCUUCACCCAGGCGGACGUGGGACUGGCUCUCGGGACGCUGUACGGGAACGUCUUUUCUCAGACCACCAUUUGCAGGUUCGAGGCGCUUCAACUCAGCUUCAAAAACAUGUGUAAACUCAAGCCCUUGUUGAACAAGUGGCUGGAGGAGGCGGACUCCACCUCGGGGAGCCCCACGAGCCUGGAUAAAAUCGCGGCACAGGGGAGGAAAAGGAAAAAGAGGACCUCCAUCGAGGUGGGCGUCAAAGGGGCUCUGGAGAGCCAUUUUCUCAAAUGUCCAAAACCGGGAGCAGCGGAGAUCAACUCCCUCGCGGACAGCCUGCAGCUGGAGAAGGAGGUGGUGAGGGUUUGGUUUUGUAACAGGCGGCAGAAGGAGAAGAGGAUGACACCCGCUGGGGGACAGAUACCAGGAGGGGAGGACAUGUACGGGGACACCCCUCCUCACCACGGAGGACAAACUCCUGUGCAGUGACCCCUGCGCGUUAUGAGCAGAACACGGACCCGUUAACGGAGGAAUAACGCCUCCUUUAUUUGUUUGAUUCUCUGUGCUGGACCCGCUCGGAACUGGACCUCAGCCAGUUUAAAUGUUGGACCCACGGACACACACACACACACACACACACACACACACACACACACACACACACAGUGGGGAUAUACAGUGGCACUCAAGCACUAAAAAUACGCAUAGCAGAGAGGCUUGUGUGGAGAGGUUUCCUGCCUGCCUGCCGCGGAAUAUCGGGAUACGGCUGGUGUGUGCUAACCAAAAAAAUAAAAAAUUAAAAAAUAAAUAUAGAACAAAAAAAAAAAAAAAUCAGCCACAUUGAUACAAAACGCUUUUCUAUACCUUCAACCCGAGGCGCCCAUGUGUCGUUAUGUAAUGUGUCAUUAAAGAAAGGCAGAGGGGCCGAUGUGGGCACGAGGUGUCCGCGGGGGGAGACGUAUGAAGACAAGCUUUGGGGGGCUCGAGGAGAAGUCGCAGUCGGUGUGGUGUGUGGGUAAAUAAACGCCAUCUUUCCAUCAUAACAAAAGCAACAGGGGUUCUUCGCAGCUUGUGGCAAAGAGAGGGCUGAAAUGGCAGACACCUGCUGUACGAUGUUCUAUAUACAAGCCAAUACCAGCCAACUGCUUCUGUUAAUAUUAUUAUUAUUAUUAUUAUUAUUAUUAUUAUUGUUAAAAAAAUUCUGGUGAUGAAUUUAAGGUGAUGCAUUGGGUGUCAGCUGCAGCCAUAAUUUAUUUAAAUUUUAAAAAAAAAAUACUUGCGUUAAUUAUUUUAAAAUAUUCAGACACUAUAAUAAUAAUAAUAAUAAUAUUGAGAUAGAGACUGGUUCACUUUACUGCUUUCCUUUCUGUGCAGACAUCUCUGUGCGCCUGUUUACAGUGUGUUUUUGCUGUUUGUUAUUUCUGUACUUUUUCCAAAAUGCUGUGAUGAGAAAGACCGAGACUGUCCGGCUGGAUGACUCAAAGCAAUCCAGCCCAUUUUUGCCUUCCUUUUACUAUGAAAGAUUUAAAAAAUAAUAAUAAUAAUAAUAAGACAAAAAAAUAAUAAAUAAAAAAAAGACAAACUGAAUAUAAUAUCCUGGUACCAGCUCUGGCCGCAGUGGCUCUACUACUACUGUAUGACUCAUUCAUCCUCUGAGAAGAUUAUUUGUGGGAUGUAUCUCAACUUUUUUUUUUUUUUUUUUUUUUUAAAUAUGGCUUCGUUUGUUUGUUUGUUUGUUUGCUGAGUUUUUCUCUCUCUGUCAGUCUGUGCCAAAGCACAAACACAGACACGUGUUCUUGUGCCACUUAAAUCCUGUGAUUAAUAACCUGGUGUGAUGGUGGGGGGUUACUGAGGAGGAGCAGUUGAGGGGGAGGUGAUGAACCCUCUGACUGGAAUCUGGAGAAAAUAUAGAAAUUCAGAAACUCAAAUCUCGUCUGAAGGAUGGAGAUGAGCGGAAGGGAAAUGUAAUAUUUUAAUAACCCCACAAUGUGAAUUUUUAAGAGAAUUUCCACGCGACGUUUUUGCAUUUUUGGAAACUUUCUGAAUGUAUCAAGCCAACGUGAUGUCCCCUUUUUAUUUUCCUUUAAUUAAUUAUUUCAUUUAAGAUAAAUCAUAGCAAUAUUUUAUGAUUUGUUUUAUAAUAACCGCACCACAAUAAUGUCCUCAUCUACACAAUAACUGGCCCUUUAUUUAAAUAAGGCCCAAUAUGACAUCACGUUUAAUCCUUCAGCUGAAUUUGAGUUUCUGAGGUGGACAAAAAAAAAGAAAAAUUAAAAACCAAAACAAAAUAGCAUAGACCUGAAAUCUGUGAUCAAAC